CAAUUCCCUGUCGAGUUCGAUCGAACUCCAUCGAUCCAAGCAAAGGAUCAUGAGGGUGGCCCAGAUCGAUUCCUUCGCCCGGUCGGGAUGCCUGAUCCCGACCCGUCGCUCGAAUCGAUGAUUCGGGAUCGAGGGAUGCUCGCCUUGCUCGCGACGGUUCGGAUUCGCGCUCGUUCCUGAUCCUGUCCUGGGGUCGUCGCCGAUCGGCUCUCCCGGUUGUAGCAUUCCUGGCAUCUGAAUUGGUGUUGGCUUCUAGUCGCUCUGCUGAAAAAUUCCGGUAUUGUCUCGUUAAACCUAUCACUGAGCUCAAAAGGUCGUAGCUUGGGACCGGAAUUCGGCUGAAAGAUCUUAUAUUUGGUGAAAAAGCUGCAGCAAGAACGACCCUUUAAUACGGUGCAAUCUUUGUUCUGGUGGUUAUUCUAUUUCACUGCCGGCGAAAUCGCCUGUCCGCCCUGCAUACAUGGAUGAUCUCCCUGUUGAAGUGAUUGGGAACAUACUAUCGCAGCUCAAAGCUGCGAGAGAUGUCGUGGUUGCUUCCAUGACUUGCCAGAAAUGGAGAGAGGCUUGGAAGAAGCACCUUCGAGCGCUCUCCUUUGAUUCCAAUGAUUUGUCCACGCACCAUGGUUUCAACACGACCGAGCUGGAGAUCAUCAUUACGCAGACCAUAUUCCAGACUCGAGGCCUGCGGUGUUUGACCAUCUCAAUGGAGGAUGCGGAUGAGUUUUCGGCAGCUGUGAUCGCCUGGCUCAUGUACACCAAGGAGACCUUGCGUGAGCUGUGUUAUAACGUGAGGACGCAUCCGAACAUCAAUAUUCUUGAGAAAUGCGGAAGGCAGAAGCUCGAAGUGUUGAAGUUGGCUCAUAAUUCUAUCACGGGUAUUGAGCUGAGUUAUCAGAAGUUUCCUCAAUUGAAAUCGCUCUCUUUGAGCUUCGUCAGCAUCUCGGCCUGGGAUUUGAGCCUCCUCCUUUCUAUCUGUCCAAAGAUCGAGUCACUAGCUCUUGUUAGUCCAGAUAUCGCCAUGUCAGAAUUACAGGCGACUAUGGAGUUGACAAGUCACUCGUUGAAAGAAAUCCAUGUGGAAGCGAUAAGCUUGGAUAAGUUUCUAUUGGAGGCUGAUAGCCUUCAGAGCUUGCACCUUCGAGAUUGUAAUCUUGAGGUUUUUGAGCUGAUUGGGAAAGGGGCAUUAAGAGUAUUUAAGAUGGAUGAUGUUAGUAUUAUACAUCUCGAUAUUAGUGAAAGCAUGGAAAAUCUCGAGGUUGUGGAUGUCGCAAACUUCACGGUCGUGUGGCCGAAAUUUUACCAGAUGAUCUCCAAAUCUUUGAAGUUGAGGACGCUUCGUCUAUGGGGUGUUGUACUGGAUGAAGAAGUUGAAGCUAUGGAUUUGGAGACGAUCUCUGUUUACUUUCCUCGGUUAAGCCACCUAGCUUUGAGUUACGAUCUCGGGGAUGAUGUUUUAACCCACUGUUUGCAGGGUUCGUCUAACUUGGAGAAUGUGGUUGCGCUUGAACUUGGAUGGACCAUAAUUAGCAACCGCUUCUCAGCAUGGGUGGCGGAACUUCUCGAGAGAUGCCCCAGAUUGAAGAAAUUGAAAAUUUUCGUGGGUGUAUCAGAGGCCAAAACAGAGAAAGAGCUUGGUAUGCUGGGCAAUUUCACCACGUCAAUGAUUCCUCUUAUGAGAAAAUAUAUGGAGGUAGAGGUUCAAUUUGAGUUUGAAUAGAUAACAUGUGAAGAUCAGUUUUGAUUUUUCAGGUCUCAGUUAAUUUCUGGUUGGUACAGGACCUCAGAAAUAUUGCAUUCUUUUUUGUUUCUUCAGUCCUAUAGUGAACAAAGUUGCUAUUUCUUUUGAUGAGUUA